AUGGCCGACCCUCGCUCCGUGCGACAAGCGUCCCAGCUCCACGCCGUCGUCACCACGUCCGGCCGCAUUGCCCACCGUCCCUCCGCCGAGCACCUCCUCAACUCGCUCACCAACUGCCUCUCGGCCCCGCGCCACCUGCGCUACGUGCUAAGCCUGUUCGACCGAUUGCCGCACCCACCACUUUCCUCCACGACACCGCCUCCGCGCCUGCCUCCAGGCUUCCGCCGGCGCAGACUAUCCCGUCCUCCUCCUCCGCCGCAUGCGCCGCGGGGGCGUCCGCACUGA